AUGUUAGCACAGGAGUACAGAGGCAGCGUCAGACCUUACGUCAACUUUAAUUCCAAACAUGAUGCUGAACUUCUCCACAAGGCUAUGAAAGGCAUUGGUACAGAUGAAGAUACUGUCCUCAUGCUACUGUCAUCGCGCAGCAAUGACCAGCGACAGCAAAUUAAGGCAGCGUACCAAAAAACCUAUGGAAAGGACUUAGUCGGUGCACUGAAAUCUGAGCUCGGUGGGCUGUUUGAGAAUUUGAUUUUGGCCUUGAUGACGCCGCCGGUCUCGUAUGACGCUUCUCAGCUGCACAAGGCUCUCAAGGGUGCAGGGACUGAUGAUCAAGUGCUGAUGGAGAUCCUGGCCUCCAGGACUGGUGAACGGAUCAAAGAAAUCAUCAAAGUGUACAAGAAAGAGUUUGGAGGCAAAUUGGAGAAAGAUAUCUGUGGUGACACGAGCGGGCACUAUAUGAAGCUGCUGGUGAUCCUGCUGCAGGGGAGCAGAGAGGAAGGAGUCGAUGAGGAAAACAUUGAGAAGGAUGCUAAGGACUUGUUCGCUGCUGGUGAGGAAACAUUUGGCACAGAUGAGGAAAAAUUCAUCAUGAUCCUUGGCAACAGGAGUGCAGAGCAUCUCCAAAAAGUAUUUGAUGCCUACAAGAAGCUCUCUGACUCAGAUAUAGAGGACAGCAUUAAAAGUGAGACCACUGGGAAUUUGGAGAACUUACUGCUGGCUGUUGUGAAAUGUGUCAGGAGUGUUCCUGGCUUUUUUGCCGAGAGCCUCCAUAAAUCUAUGCGGAGAGCUGGAACGGAUGACGAGACCCUGACCAGGAUAAUGGUGUCGAGGAGUGAGGUGGACAUGUUGGACAUCCGAGCAAGCUUUAAAAAGCUGUAUGGAGAGUCUCUGUACACCACCAUCCAGGAGGACACGACUGGAGACUACCAGAAGGCCUUGUUGUACCUCUGCGGUGGGAAUGAUUAAUGCGGUCAUACGACGCGUUCAGCAGAUCUGACUGAUGAGCCACCGGGGAGCCGCAAGACGAA